AUGAUUGGGGGAAGCACACGGAUGAUGUGGAUCCUGGUAGUAGAGGAAAGCCCGAGGAUGAGGCAACCGCACAAGUCGCGCAGGAAGCCAUGUAGCUGUAUGUAUAUAAACACGUUGAUUCUCCGUCUUCCGACUUUGAUAUCACAGCCCGCCCAUCCAUCCAUCCAUCCAUCCGACAAGCAAACAAUCAAUCGAAAUACAAUCACUCGAUCCCACUACCUACCUACCCAGAACGAACACCAUCGCCUUCAGACACGAUGCAGACCCCCCUCUCCAUACCCUUCAACAACGCCAACUGCGGCUGCUCGUCAAGCAACGCCUGCAACUGCGGCAAGGACUGCACUUGCGAUAGCUGCCCUGUACGUCUCCUUCCACCCCCCCUGCAGCCAUGGACUUUUGGCUAAUGUAGGAUAG